CCUACGUGUGCAGCCGUCACAAUCAUAAAUACAUAUAUAAAGCUGCCUUCGAUUUCAUUGGUUCCAUUGUGUGUCCAUCGACGGGUUAGUCACCGAGAAGGGAAGGAAACCGGCAGGUUAGGUUGCACCAACAGAGCCUCUGCGAAUGGGCGGGCUCUAAGCCGCGGCCUGCUGUCACGUGACACGGUUUUAAUGUUUACAUUCGAGGCGGUCUUGGGGAUACCUUGCUGGACGGGGUCCCGUUUCGCUUUCAUUUCCCGAGAGCAGACGCAAAGCUGGCGGGCGGCGGGCUUAAUGCUGGCUUUGGAACACUGACAGAAACGAGGCCUGGGCGGGGGGUGGGAGACCCGCCUUAUCUGCCGCCCGUAACCAAGGCAUCGCGCGGAGCCAACAUGGAGGAGCUGGCCGUGGAGGUGCGGGGCUCCAAUGGAGCCUUCUACAAGGCGUUUGUGAAAGAUGUACAUGAAGAUUCUAUAACUGUCACUUUUGAAAACAACUGGCAGCAAGAGAAACAAAUCCCGUUCCAUGAUGUAAGAUUUCCACCGCCGUCGGGGUAUAAUAAGGACAUAAAUGAAAGCGAUGAGGUAGAGGUGUAUUCCAGAGCGAAUGAAAAAGAGCCAUGCUGCUGGUGGCUUGCUAAAGUUAGAAUGAUAAAGGGUGAGUUUUAUGUUAUAGAAUAUGCAGCUUGUGAUGCAACUUACAAUGAAAUAGUCACUAUAGACCGGCUGCGAUCUGUUAAUCCCAACAAGUCUGCAACAAAAAACUCUUUUCACAAGGUUAAACUGGACGUUCCAGAAGAUUUAAGGCAAAUGUGUGCAAAAGAUUCAGCGCAUAAAGAUUUUAAAAAGGCUGUUGGUGCUUUUUCAGUAUCGUAUGAUUCCGAAAACUACCAGCUUGUCAUUCUGUCUGUUAAUGAAGUAACUAUAAAAAGGGCAAAUAUGCUGUGUGACAUGCAUUUCCGAAGCCUUCGUACCAAACUCUCUCUUAUGUUGAGAAAUGAAGAAGCCAGCAAACAGCUUGAGAGCUCUAGGCAGUUAGCCUCCAGAUUUCAUGAGCAGUUCAUAGUUCGAGAAGAUCUGAUGGGGCUUGCCAUUGGUACUCAUGGUGCCAACAUACAGCAGGCCAGGAAAGUUCCUGGGGUGACAGCAAUUGAUCUUGAUGAAGACACAUGCACAUUUCAUAUUUAUGGAGAGGACCAAGAAGCUGUUAAGAAAGCCAGGACCUACUUGGAAUUUGCAGAAGAUGUUAUACAAGUUCCUAGAAACUUAGUUGGCAAAGUCAUUGGGAAAAAUGGAAAGCUCAUUCAGGAAAUUGUGGAUAAAUCUGGUGUUGUUCGAGUCCGAAUUGAAGCUGAAAAUGAUAAGAAUAUUUCCCAGGAAGAGGGAAAUGUUCCCUUUGUAUUUGUGGGAACAAAGGACAGCAUCACCAAUGCAACUGUUCUUUUGGAUUACCAUCUUAACUACUUAAAGGAAGUGGACCAACUGCGCUUGGAAAGGUUACAAAUUGAUGAGCAACUUCGACAAAUUGGAGCAAGCUCAAGGCCUCCAUCAAAUCGACCCGAUAAGGAGAAGGGAUAUUUGAGUGAAGACUGUAGUGGCACUGUGAGAGGAAGCCGACCUUACAAUAACCGAGGCCGCAGUAGAAGGGGCACAGGUUAUGCCUCUGGUACAAAUUCAGAAGCAUCAAAUGCCUCAGAGACAGAAUCAGACCACCGAGAUGAACUUAGUGAUUGGUCAUUGGCUCCAGCAGAGGAUGACCGAGAUAAUUAUCACCGAAGGGGGGAUGGACGACGACGAGGGGGAAUGCGAGGGCAAGGCAUGAGAGGGCGUGGAGGAUUUAAAGGAAAUGAUGACCAACCACGACCAGACAACAGACAACGUAAUUCAAGAGAGACAAAAGCAAGGACAUCAGAUGGCUCAUUACAGAUCCGAAUUGACUGCAAUAACGAAAGGAGUGUACAUACUAAAACCCUGCAAAAUGCAUCCGUUGAAGGCAGCCGACUGCGCACUGGCAAAGAUCGCAUUCAAAAGAAAGAGAAGACUGAUGGGGUGGAUGGACCACAAGUGGUGGUUAAUGGCGUCCCAUAAACCCUCGGUGUUGCAAAUAAACCCUACAUAGUGCAAACAAAAUACCAAGAAAAAAUAAUCUCAUUUCACAAUAGAGAAACCUGUUAGGCCAAAGACACAUGGGCAAGACAAUGCAGGGCCUACAUGAAUUGUUCCUGUUAGCCUUAUUUUGUUAGUGUUGGCUGUAAGCAGUUUUCAGAACUCAGACAUUGGAAACAUAUUUGCAUUCAAUAUCAAAACUUUGAGGCUUUCAAGUACAUAUUGCACUUGACUUAAAAACUUAAAAAAAAGUAUUUUUUGUUUAAAAGAAAAAAAAAAUAAACGAAAAAAACUAA